AUGGCUCAAACUAAUCAAUUUUUGGGAAAUAAUAUUAUAAAUCCUCAACAACAACAACAAAAAUGGAUGGAUAAACCUAUUGGUGAUCCAAGUGGACUUGCUUAUUUAAGACCAUUAGAUUCAUUGUUAGCAAAACAAGUUGUUUCAAUGACUGAAUUAAUAAUUGGAAUUCCAUCUCAAGCAAAAUAUGGAAUAUUCAAUGAUAGAGGCGAACAAGUUUAUUUUGCAUUUGAAGAAUCUAAUAUUUGUCAACGUAUAUAUUGUCCAAAAACUCGUCGAUUUGAUCUUCAUAUUGUCGAUAGUACAAAUCAAGAAAUAAUUCGUGUUAAACGUGAAUUUAAAUGUUGUGCUGGUUGUUGUUGGUUUGCUUGUUGCGAUGGAUGUAGUCAAGAAGUAGCUGUUGAAUCACCUCCCGGAACUGUAAUAGGUUUUGUUACACAAGAAUGCAGUUGUUGGCGUAUGAAAUAUGUUUUAAAAGAUGUUACGGGAAAUCCUGUAUUGACUAUUAUUGGUCCCGGAUGUAUUUGUGAUGGUCCAUAUGCUGCCUGUUGUGAAAAUAAAUUUACAUUAUAUGGUACUGAUGGAAUAACAGAAAUAGGUGCUAUUCAUAAGAAAUAUCGUGGAUUUAUUGCUGAAGCUAUGACAGCGGCUGAUACAUUUACUAUUCGGAUGCCUCUUGAUUUGGAUGUAAAAAUGAAAGCUGUUGCAGUCGGUGCAUUAUUUUUAAUUGAUUUUGCAAAUUUUGCAGAACCACCUCGUCGCAACUAA